AUGGGGAUAUUAUUUGAAGCACUGCGUAAAUCAACCUCUUUUCGAUUUGGUGUUAUUGCAAUACUUGGUACACUUCUUUUAUUAACUGGUUUGGCUGGAAUUAUUUUAUCAGUUAUUGAAUUAUUUCAAGGUCGACCAAGUGUCGCUCAUUAUAAUGAAACUGUAGGUGGUUUACAAGUUGAAAAUCCGUUAUGGCCAUCAUCAGGUAAAGGUUUUUGGGUUGGUCUAGUAUUGGUAGCGACUGGUAUUGUUGGUAUAAUAGCAAGUUUAGAACGAACUCCACCAUCGAUAGUUGCGUUUACUGCAUUAAGUAGUAUAUCAACUGUUCUUUCAUUCUAUGUAGUAAUGACAUGUAUUAUUCCGGUUCAAUACGAUACCAAAUAUUCGGAUACAUCCAGACCAAAAUGGCAAUUAACGGAACUUAUUAUUAAUUCAAUAUUAAUGGCUGUUGGAAGUUUUGGUGCCAUUAUUGGUGCAUUAUCAACUUUACUUGGUCUUUUUCUAAGUGGUUACUGUGUCGACCAACGUAAUGUCUAUCGGUAUACUAUUGAUGAUCAUGAAAAGAUUAUAAAAGUAUUGCCAGAAAAAUUGAAAUAUGGUAUAUAA